AUGUUCGUGUACGCUGUCGCUAUCACUGCCGUCGUCGCUCUCGUAGUAUUCGUCGUAUCUGCCGUGCCCAAGUCCGCCGUACCAGCAGCUGCCGCGGUGGCCGCGGAGUUGGUCGUCUCGGUCGUCGUCUCGGUCGCCGCGGCCAACGCCGCCACGUCCAUAACCCCGAGCGCAGUAGUUGUGAUCGGCGCGCGGCGAGACAACGGACGGACGGACACGCGACGAGUACGGUGCACGCCGCGGUGA